UUUUUUAAUCUAAUGUGUAUAUUACCUUUAAAUUGAAACACAAAUGAAGUUUCAGUUUAGUCUUUUGCUACUGUGUAAUUGAAUCAGUUCAUUUUUCAACUCUUCACAAUGGCAACACUAGCAAAAUUAGUUUUGUUUGCCUUCUGCAUUACUCUAGCCUCCAGUCAAGAAGAAAAUCAGCACGAAAAAUUGCGCUUGACUCAAAGCAAGCUGCGAAGUGGCAUAGGUACCGAAUUUCCCAUGCAAGUAUCGGUACAGGCGAACGGCCAACACAAGUGCGCUGGUACCCUCAUAACCAUACGGCAUGUCUUGACCUCGGCUUAUUGCGUCUAUUCGCAAUUCAGCAGCCCAACUCCAAUACUCGAAGUGCGCACCGCACUCAUGCAUGCCCAAUAUGCCCAACUCAUCAAAAUCAAAAGGGUUGUGCGACACAGCGCCUAUCAAUACACCCAAGGAAGGACACUGGGUCGCAAUGACAUUGCUAUUAUCACGUUGGCUGAUAAAGUAAAAAUGAGCGCCCAUGUGAAGAUCGCUGCACUACCCUUGGAUUAUUUCGAAGAGUACCCAAUGGGGAAAACGGUCCAUCAUUCUGGAUUUAAUCUUCUAGGCAUGCCCAUGCCCGUAUCCAGCUCACUGGACCACAUUUACAACUGUGGGACGAAAAUGCAAUCGGUCAUGCAUCCAGCACAUAUUUGCACCAACGAAAAUUUAAUAAGAAAUUAUCCAGGCGGGGAUAGUGGAUCUGGAUUGUUUGACGAAAACAAAUUGACAGUAAUCGGUGUCAUGAGUGGUGAACCAGCCUUAGAAAGGACUGGCACACCAAUGAUUUACACCAAGGUAUCAUAUUAUUUGGAUUUCAUUUAUCCGGAAAUAGACUUGUUUUCGAACAAUAAGUACGUGCGAAGUCGACAUCCAGCAGUUGAUUUUCAGUGA